AUGAAGCUUUCUUGGCAAGUGCUCCUCGGUUCUCUCCUCACGGUUGCGCAAGCUAAAUCACAGUCUUCGAAAGUAUCUCUGUACGUCGGAUCAAUGGCUCCUCUAACUGGGGGACGUUCUUGGUGGGGUGCUGGUAUCACCACAGCAAUGCAAAUGGCGUUUGAGUUGAUAAACAACCGGUCUGAUAUUUUACCAUAUUUCGAGCUGAAACUGCUAGAAAACGACACGCGGGUAAGAGUAAUAGAGUACUGAAUACGGCUACUAAGAGCAUCAACUAAAAGGUGUUUCGAUGCAGUUUUUGGAAACCAUCCCGACAAAGUUCAAUCGCUUUAAAAGUCAUUUUAUCCUUGUCCAAUCGCUAUAAAAUUUUCACCAUUGAUUGACUAUAAAUUGAAGUUUAUCAAAAUGUAGUUUUUAGUAAUAAAAAUCAAUAUCACUAUGACAAAUCUACGAAUUCAAAUCUGCGCGAUCUAGACCCGCUAGUGAAAAACCGACACCAGGAACUUAAAGUUUGGUGUUUAGCUAAUAUCCUCUGUGAGAAGUAAAAUAUUCUGUUUUUUUUCAAUUCAAAUAAAACAUAAAUAUAUUUUAAAACCUAUAUUUUAAUAACAAUCAUAAAAUAUUUGAUGUAAAAGUUCUAAAUAACUCAAAUUACUAUUUCGUAUGCCAUUGCUAGGAAAUUUUGGUGCAUUUUCUUUCUUGCGAUCCUGAAAACUAACCUGUUUUCUCACCACCUGUCUAAGCGCAUAUUUAUCAAUCCUUAAAUUUAAGUUCGUCUUGAAACUUUAAGGUGUUGCAAUGAAUCAAUCUUGAUGAAAGUUUCUGUCAUUACUAUAUACAUCGUGAAGAUUAUGUGAAGCGGUUUUAAAAAAAUUUUGUCGAGCCGUUCUAGAGAUACACAGAAAAGCGCCAAAGGUCAAAAUUUAGAAUACAUAUGCACUUAGACAGGUGGUGGGAAAACAGGUUAGUUGUCAGGAUCGCAAGAAAGAAAAUACACUAAAUUUCCUAGCAUUAAGAUAUGAUAUCAAGGAGUAAUCUGACGCUACGUAAUAUAACUUGAGUAGUUAUUUUAAACUUUUUUAUUAAACAUAAUUGUCACGGCUUAUUGAAAACAUAAGGUUGGAAAUAUAUUCACGUUUUAUUUGGAUUCAAACCAUUUUUUUACUUUUCACGGAGGUUGUGUGCUAAGCAAGACUUAAAUACCACACUUAAAGUUCCUGGUGUCGGCUUUUCAGUAGCAGGUCUAGAUCACGCAAACUUUCAGCUUUUAUCGAUUUCAAAGCUUUCUUUUUCUGUUUUCAUAGUGGUAUCGUUUUUUUACUAAAAAUUCCUUCUUUGUUUUAGUUCAAUUCGUAGUCAUAGAAAAUGGUCAGUGAUAAAGAUAAUAAUGACAAUAAAUGAGGCAUUUUGUACUGAACUAACGGUAUCGGAAACACCGGAUUCAUUAUCUAUCUUGAUUUAAAAAUCUGUGUAUGUGUUUUAAUUUAAAAGUUCAUCUGAUAUUUUGCACCAGUGUCGAUCUCACCAUUUCCUUAAAAUGUAUACCGGAGGUUGCGCCAAAUUGUAUUUUCAAUAUCAUGAGAUCUUUGGUAACUCUGCAUGUUUCCGCCAAAAGAACUAACAUGAGGAUACGAAAAAUGCUUUCCAAAUAUGCCAGUUUACGGAUUAGAAAAUACAUGCUUUGAAAUUCGAAAUGUGGGCUAUUUUUUGGUAAGAAAAAAUGGUUUGUGUGAAUGAAGAUUUUCAUGAAUUUAGUCAGUUAAUUUAUCUUCAGUUUCAGGUUGUUUUGGGUAGUAAGUUCUUCAUUGGAUAAUCAAUAUCCGUGCACAAGUAAUACUUGUACGAUGAAACUUCUUCAAGAGGCAUACAUUAUCAGUAUUAGAUAAAACUUUACAAGUCAGUGCACCUAAAAUCAGCAGGAGGAGUCUCAAAAUAAUUAUGUAUAACACCAUGGCCAGAAAUUCGGAACCUUACCACCCAUAACUCUUUAUUUUCGUGCUAUUUUUGUGUGUGUUCAAUGCCUGAUACAUCGAUCUUGAUUUUAGAGCCGCUUGAAACAGUAGCUUCUCAGUGACGGUGAAUUUCAAAAUUUACACCAGAUGAGCAGAAUAGCAUCUAAAGGACUUAAAAAAGCGGAUUUUUCAGGGAAAAUUGUCGGAAAUCGGGGCUAAUAUUAGUGAUCUGAUGUGCUUAUGGCUCAGUCAAUCUCAAGCGUGCCCAUCUCCCCUCCGGGUAUUUGUCGGGCAUUUGUCAUCGUGUCGGUCCCGGCGGCGGGGAAUUUGUCAGAAAACCUCUGCCCGGGGGUGGGGCAUUGGUCAAUUCUUCAAGAAGCGGUUAACUUCGUUCCUUUUUCAACAUUUCACUUCGAAAUAUGCCUAUUUAGAUAGCUUUAGAUAUUUCUAUUAAGAAUAUUUUUAAUAAUUAUGCUUUAAAGGGCUAUGUGUGGUUUUCGCUCCAUCACUUCCCUAUCCCACAGUAUUUUUUUGCAUCCGUCUAAGAAAUUGGUUGCCGCUAUUGUGAUCAGUUCGCACGUGGAGGAAAAAAAUUAAUGUAUCGUUUGAAGAGUUUAAAGGAAAAGACACUUGCUCUAUGCGUGAAUAGUUGAGGCAGAAAGCCCUAGAAAAACUUUGCGAAAUGUUUGAAAGCUAAUAUAAACUUUGUGUAGGUACGAUCAAUGCGACAAUUACCACGCUGACGAAACAAUUCCAUCGUGAUGAGAAAAAAGUCAUGUUAAGGUCGUCGGUUGUUUGUUUAUUAUUCACCUUAAAGGUCUUCGAAAAUAAGGAAGGUAUAAUUAAAAUUAUAGUUUGUAGUUCUGUCAUUGAUAUUAAUCAGAUGGAUGUGAUCUUUUUUGGAAUGAUUACAACUAGCGGCAAGGGAGCGAUUUGCAUUGCGUAGGUUGCUUCACUCGUUUUGAUCAUAUUAUUAGGGAUUUCCCAUAAAUAUGGCAUUUGCAGUUUAUUUACUGGAAAAUACAAUUUUGGUGUUGUCCGAGGUUGGGGCAUUUGCACCCUAUUUUCAAGCCCCACUGUGGGCCGGGGUUUUUGUAUGAAAGCCCGGCCCCACCUUGGGGCAUUUUUAACUUGUCCAAAACAAAAUGACAAAUGCCCGGGAAGGAUGGGUACGCUUGGAAUUGACUAAGCUAUUAUUUUAGCAGCCAAAUUUUUUUGUCAGUGAGACUGUUGCGUGAAGUCUCACGAAAGAGAACACGGCCAACCAAUUACCGAGUGGAAUAUGAUGAAGGUCCGCUCCUAGUGGUUCCAAAUUUCUGGCCAUGCGGUAACUAUUAUGUUAUCGGUUAAACAAUAACGUAAAUCGGAGGUAACUUGUAUUCAGUUCUUUCUUCUUCGUCUCUAAAAGGGAGAGACUGGUCUCGGGAACAAAAUCCUUUAUGAUUAUAUCUCCAAACAAAGACCAUCACUGAUUUUAGGACCUGGAAGGUCAAAUGUUGCACUCUCUGUAGCAGACACUGCAAAAUACUGGAAAAUUAUUCAGGUUAGUUAUCAUUUUCUUAGUACAGUGAUGCUUUUCAAACCAAGGGGCUAACAAUGUGACAUAUCACGUCUUAUUUUAACCCAAAAAGUAGAUUUGAGAAGCUGAACGCGUGUCUAAAACAGUAACGACUUUUCCUAGCUGGAAACAUUUAAUUUUUCAUGAAAUGCUACUACUAAUAACAAACUUAGAACUUGAAAUGGAAAUAAAAUACUCGCUCGUCAAUAUAAGUGGAGUUUUUAAUAUCUUAUUAAUUUCUUGACACGACGAAAUCCAAGAUGGCAUAAUCAAUACGACGAACAUUUAAAUAAUGAUGGAAUCCGUAGAUAAUAUGAUGCCAUUACGUCAAGUCACGGCUUAACGUUUGGUAUUCUAAAUUCCAACUGUCGUCAUCCAUUCUAGUAUGACAAUAUAGAGGUCUUUCUUUAAAAGCCGUCUCUGACCAUUGACUGAGAGUGAUAAUGCAACUCAGCUCUUUGUUUUUUUUUUUUUGCCUAGAUGUCCGCUUCUGCAGAGAGUGGUGACCUUUCUAAUUCAAAUAAAUAUCCUUAUUUCUUUCGUACAAUUGGUUCAAUUUCUGCAUCGAAAUCAGCGUUUGUGGCUCUUGCAAAGACAUUCCAUUGGAAGAGAGUGUCAAUAUUAUUUUUCAGCAGAGAUAUGUAUAUGAAGGUAUGAAGUACAAUUUUUGUCAUAUUACCUUUAUGCGAUUGCAAACAGUUUCAAAUUCAGGUUUUAUUCUUUCUGUGUUGAUAUUAACAUUAUUCUUUACAUUUAUAUUUAUCGUUGAUGUUCCUUCUAAUUCCUUUCAACUAUCAAAUCAUCGAUCUCAUCUAAGCCUUUUUUCCCGUCUAUAGAUAUUUGCAGUAAUGACAAAUACAUUUUGAACUGUUAGAAUGUUCAUACAUUUCAUUUCUUUCAAAAUCUAAGGCUGCAUCUGAUUUAAAAGACCAAUGUGAGCAAAACAAUAUCACUGUGAAGUCUUAUGGGAGCUAUGCAGAUACAAACGAUGCAGAGAACCAGCUUAAGCACAUCAAGGUGAUCACUAACUAUGAUUUCAGCUGCGUUUUUCAAUAGUUUCAGUUUUGGAAUUAAGGAGAGGAUUGCUUUGGUAGAGCAAGAUAAAAAAAUGUACUAAGGCGAAUGCGCUACAAGAAAUGUGACAUUACGAAGGAUGGUUUAACGGAAAAAUAAGACAACAGUAACAGUCCCAAUAGAGGUAAAGAAAGGGGAAGCCGAAAGUCUUGAGCACUUCGAAAGCAGAGAAUAGGAAUCUAAAAAAGGAGGAUAAAUCACAUACAACGAUGGAUUUUAAGCAGCGACGUUUUUGAGGGACGCACAAAAAAAGGAAGUGACACUUUUUCUCUUUUAUAUGCCUUAACGCUGCCAAAUUUGUUCUGCGAAGUGUCUUUACUCUAGAGUGCGAAAUGUCUUUGGCUCUAGAGUGCUAAAAGUCCACUUCCGGUUGAUGUGCGUCGCUCAAAAAAAUCGCUGGUUAGACUCCCUAUUGAACCGUUUUCAACUAUCACAGAUUAUCAAAUACAAACACGGAUUGGCAAACACUCAUUUUAACAGUUCGGGAGUAUGCCAGUUUUGGAAGAAGCGAAAACAAUGGUCUACGUCACCAACCAUAACAUGAUCACCAUGGCGAUAGUCAUUUUCAAAACAUACAAAAUGGCGGACAAGGGAGAGCAGAGGAAAUAGUAUUGACCAAAAUUCUCGUUUAUUCUUGUUUUAUCGAGCCUUUUAUUUGUCUUUUCGUUACUAUGAAUUGGGAAGUACCUUGAGGACAAGGAGUAACCAUUCUUGCGCUAUAGUUCUUCGCUUAUCGCGCGCUUUAGUAGGCACUGCGUACUCACUGCGUAUGUAAUCAGUACAUCGAAAAUAGGUAAGCACGCUAACAAGUUUUUUCGAAUAUGAUGUUCUGUUGGUUUAUGUCUUGAAGCGGUUCCGUCCAGGUAUACAACAGGUUUACAAGGGAUCUCUGAGGGUAUUGUGCCCGCGUUUUCUUCUUGAAAACCCACCAAGUGAAAAUCUUACUUAUCAUCCCUGAUCAUUUUUUUUUUUGUCCCGUUUCAAAAAAACCUAUUGCUUUCAAUUAUUCCACUUUCUGAAGUUCACUGAUUAUUUGGUCAAGCUUAACAAAUGCAAGAGGCUCUUUAGAAUUUAAUAUACAUAUUGGAAAACUAAGAAUUAUGCUUGUUACAUGAUUUUGGAUCUAUUGAUUAAAAUGGGAUACUAUAGUCUUGAAGUCCACCGGAUUUGACCAGAGGUCAGAGAUCAACAAGGUUAUGGUUUGUUAUAAAAUAUCUUCUUGUAUGGGAUUUGAUGUUACAUCCGAAUAAUACUAAAUUAUUGUUUUUAACUCUGGGGUUGCCUAUAAACCUAAGGCAUUGUAACUUUGAGGAGUACUUUUCUCCAAGUCUUCUCUGUGGGGACCCUCAAACAAUUCUAUUAGACAAGGUUUGGCCCAAAAUAAUAAUGAUUACUGCACUUGGCAUGGACACAACAUAAGUUUUCCAAAGUUCUUUUUCAUAGCCGGUUCUUCAUGUUUUCAUUGAACAGCACUUUCAAGAAAACAAAGCUCACACAUCAGAGUAAAGAUACAUUAAAAGUUAUUUAUUGUUACAUUUUAUUUUUUGUAAAUAAACAUUUUAUUUUAGGUCCUGACAGUUAAUUCUUUCCGUAUUACUGUUUUUGAUUUUUAUGUAUCAUUUUCAAUGAGUCGUAUCUGACCUGCAUGACUCGCUGCCAUGGCUCGCUGGCUCGCAUAUUAAACACACUCUUUUAUCUCAAAAUCUUGUUUUUUUAACGCCUUCUUGGACAUGAAAACCAAAAACCAAAACUUAAUUGAUAUAAUGAAGACAGUAGCAGCUGACAUCGAUUUUCAGUAGUUAUCUUGUGAGAUUUCUCUCAAGUAUUAUUUAUUAGGGAGGAUGAUUUGUUGAAGACGAUGCAUUAACAUAGAUGCUUUUUCAUCAACAGAAUCUCAAUAAUUUAGGAUUUAUUCAAAUACACACAUAUUCGAUAUUAUGACAUCAAAUGUGGGUUUAUUGCUCAUGCACAGGGAUUGAUGGGGGAGAGUGUGGCAUUUUUCAUGUUUCAGAUUGACCUUUUGCACAGCACAGGGACUGAACAUAUUAUGUAAAGUAUAAACAAUAUUUGACGCGAGGGAUUGAACAUUAUGUAGAGAAAAUCUUCACAAGCCUCCACUUCCAUGACUCCUUCCUCAUCUAUCUCCUUUAAAGCCCCUUGAAUAAGGGCCACAGUCUCUUCUAUGGUUGAAUGGUCAUUGAGCGUGAGCUUCCACUCACAAGGUAUAUAAGCCCCCCUCCAACCUGUUUCCCUCUUACCCAUUUUUGAAAGCGUCAAAGGAGGGGCUUUUGUGGUGGGUAAGCCUGUGACCACACUACAAAGAAAGAAAAAAAACAUGUUUAAUUUUAUUGAGGCAGGGUUGAAUUUGGACAUUAAAUUUUUCAUUACAGUGGAACAUAAGGCGAACCGAAAGCAAUAUUUUGCCCUCAGAGCACAAAUAUGUCGUUCUGAAGAUAUUUAGCAUUUUGUCUUCCUGGUUCCUUUUCUCAGCUUUUUGGCACAAACGCGACAACAUGUUUGUAAUAUCUCCAGAUGUUUGUCUACAUUUUUGACGGAAAUCCUGAUCAAAAUAAAAGAAAUCAAUAUAAGAACCUACUCACACUGAUUUAAAACUCAUUCCACACACAUGAUCUGGAUCAAUAAAGUGAUUUCUAGGUGAGAGUCGCAUACAUUGCCGGUGAACACGACCAAAAACAGACCUGAUCGAUUAUAACUAAAACUACAUAGACAGACUAAGGCAUAACCAUCAAUAUCAGUAACCCUUCCUGUCCGUUGGCAAUUUUCAAUGUGUGGUUGCCAUUUUUACUAGGUUGUUGCCAUCGAUGAAACUUUGCCUGAACACACUUUACAUGUUGUAGUUUUGAGGAAAAUUAGUCUUGAUUUCGUAAAAAUUCGGCAAGAUACUGAAAACUAAACAUAAAGUCAUGUACUUACAUUCGAUGCCCGUCAAGAUGGCGGCGGCGGCGUCGAAGGCCAUUUGAAAACUGUCGCUUUUAACUACCGAAAUGUGGCCGGAAACUUCCCUUGACAUUCAAAAAGCAAGGAGAAGGCCUCUUCAUCGGUACUGCUAGCUCGGAAGUCCCGGUUAUUGAACAAGGAGACCUGGAACAGGCUUUGAAAAAAGCUCCCUUGUUUCUUGCGAUUAUUUUUUCCUAUUUUUGCGUGUUUUUAGCAGAACAAUGGAAUCAUGACGUCACCGCUUCUUCCAAAACUGGCAUACUCCCGAACUGUUGAACAUGUAUGAAUGUAAGUGCCGCAAAGCGCAAAGGUUUUUAUCAAGACUGAGAAUGAGCUCUCUCUUGGUUUCAUAAACUAAGUGACUGGUGUUGCAUAUAGAUGUAUUUGUUUUGCUUGGAAAGUUUCCGAUUUCAACAACGUGAAAGAAGCCUAUUAGAGGGACAUGAUUUUGACUAACUUCUUUAUAACCUAUGUUUUCCUUUUUACAGGAUAUUGAUGCGAGGAUUAUAUUCGCCUUUUUACAGAAGACAACGAGUGUGAUGUGUUUGGUAAUAAGCAAAGGGCAUAAAAGCGCAUAACUUUAAAAACUCACGAUAUUAGAGAGGUCUAGCACCACUUUCACACACCAAAUGGCAAAUAGCAAACGCCACUUGCUACGUACUAUUUGCUUCCCAAAUGAAAUGGAAACUGGGCGUAAUGCCAUCCAUCCAGCUAAGGCGGAUAUUAACCACAGUCUAUAAUCUAAGUCAAUUCCAUCAAUGAUUCGUGAGCGACAUGAAAUAAAACAAAGUGAAGUUGAAGCAUACAAUCCUUAAGUAUUUCACAACCAUCAAAAAGAAAAAAAAAAUUAUAUAUAGAUUUCCCCCCGUUUUUAAUGGACGUGAAAAUCUUAAACGGCAGGUGGGAGUGAAAAACAUUGAGAGGUCACAACAGUCUCAGUUAUCAGUUCCAACAUGUAAUAGUGCUGUUUUUCCGUGGUUUCUCUUUUAAAAGGUUUACAAGCACAAGUUGUAUGGUAAUAAGUACGGCUGGGUAGUCCACACUCCCGACGCGCAUGGAUGGUGGACAAGAACAUACCCUUUUCUUGACUGCACAGCUAGCCAGGUUAACGACGCAGCCGCAUAUACAAUUCAUAUUGACCAUCUUUAUUUAAGCAAGUCCAAAGAUCCAACUAUAUCUGGAUUGGUAAGUACGAUGCAUACAGGCGGGCUGCGUUGUUUUGUUAAUAGACGGUAUGCACGGUACCCGGCAAUUUUGCUCGCGCUUUUCAGGGGGGCCAACAAGUGAUAAAAUGUGCCAAUACCAGUAAUUAUUACGUAAUUUAUUGCUUGCUGCUAGGGCAUCUUAUGUCGCUACCGUAACCAAAAAUAGAAAUAAUAAUAAAAAAAAAUGAUCACUUCCACCCAUAAUUUACCAAUAUGGUCCUUAGUUUCUGUUGUUUUGAGAAUAAAAUAAUGAUAUUUAUAUUGAUAAUGAUCAUGAUCAUGAUACUGUUAAAUACUGGAAGGAAAAAGCCAUACAUGGAGAGUUUGCUCGGCAGACGUCGGAUGCAGCUAGAGAGGUGUCCUGGAGAUGCUCAAGAAUGUUUUUGUUGUUGUUGUUGUUUGUUUUGUUUUUAAGAAGGGAACAUAGGGCUCGAUCGUCGCUGCUCGCUGCUCGCUGCUCUAAAACAAGCUUUGAGAAAAAAUUGGGUCAAGCACAGCAUAGAUAUAAUAUAAGACAUUUGAGACACCACUGCGCAGAUUGUGUGUUGACUCCACUGAAAGAGUUUGGCAUAUUAUCAGAGGAAGCAGGAAGCUUGCCCAGAAGCGCCGCGACUAGGUUGGUACUAGAUAGGUUGGCCCUACGGGUACAAUGGGAGCUUUGCAGGAAGUAGGGGUUAAUAAUAAUAAUGUACCGACAAGUGGUACAACCAUCAACCCUUACUAAUUGCAGAGAUCAAAGAAGUGAGGAUAACUUGGGAUACGACUAUAUUUACGGACAAGCGACUGAAGCACAAUCGAACAGAUAUUACGGUAGCACUCAAAAUCACAGGAGUGGACAGUUAUCGACAUUGCUGUGCCAGCGGACCAAAAUAUCCUAUUUUAACUGAGGAGAAGGUGGAAAGGUAUCAAGACCAAGUUCUCGAAGAAUCCACUGACCCACGAUGCACCAAUCACGACUGGUAUUACUGUCACCCUACCAUGUCGAAGAAUGAAAAAGCUUGGUAUCGGAGGUUGGGUCUGCCUGGCAUUUUUGGAAGUGCACAGUUGUCAGCCAUCCGACUGAUCAUAUCCUGCGAAAAGUGUUGAAUUGUGUCUCUUAGCAACGGGAAGCUGAGUACCCUGAAAAUACACCAGACUACGACUUAUUGUAUUAGCAAAUUUUGCCACUUGUUUGCCCUGAGAAGUCACGUGACUUCGCUUUCAUCCCAUCAGUCUUUAAGCGAAUGCAAAGCGUUUAUCGUGAAUAAUGUCUAUUAACUCGCGAAGCAGCAAAAAUGAACGCUGUAGGCUUAACAAGAAUGUUUCAAAGCUCAAGAUAAUAUAGGUAGUUUUAACUAUUUCAUGUUUGGGAUUUGAAAUGCCUUACCCCUUUACACUGUAUAUAGCCAGGUAUGUCCCGGAUGCUAAAAAUGGCGAUUUUAAAGCUGGAUUGUUGCUGCGAUCAACACCUUAAAGUGAACUUUACGCUUUUCUAAUAAGUUUUUCAUUUUUGCUGCAGUUAUAGUUAAACUAGGCAGUUCACCGUUCUGUCUGGUUGAAAUUAAAUUUCUUUAAUUGUAAACAGUCGAUCCAAAAAGUCAGUAAUGGAGCGUGAUGUUUAUUGUGUACCUCAAAUCAUUAUCAUUAUUUUCUUUUAUUUAACAGACUCCACGACAGUUUUUAGAUAACUAUGAAGCAUUUUCAAAACGUAAGAACACUUCAGUUUCCCACUAUGGACCUUUUGGUUUUGAUGCUGCGUGGCUGGUGGCACUUGCAAUAAAUAUGUCAAACGGUGAAUCGUCAAAUGUUCAACUACUUGACAUAAAAACAGAUUAUUCGUCAUCAGAUAUGAUCAAGAAUAGCCUGCUGAAAACGAACUUUAAAGGCGUAACGGUUAGUAUUUUUAAACUGAAAUGAGGUUUUCCCGAAUAGCUAUCUCACCUUCGGCGGAUUAAUUUAAUGAACGUUCCUAAAUAGAGCAAGUGGUCCGGUUGCCUUAGAGAUCUAUUGACAACUCUAAUGCGCAAGAAUACUUAAUAAGUAAAGAAAGUCGAAGAGUUUGUUGAGGAAUUUACAUGACCUGGGACCUAGUAUACUACUUACGAAUUACUAGUUUGUGAUACUAUAAAAGCAUGAUAUGUAAAUUUCUUACUUCUUUCUUUUGAAUUUGAGGUGUAAUGUUUUUACAGGGAGAAGUUCAACUUCAAAACAAUGGAGACCGAACUGGAAUGUUUGAAGUCUUUCAAAUACGAGGUAAACUUCGGCCUGUCAUUGUUUUCCUUCCUCUUCCUACAAAUACAACAAAUUGCAACCAUGUUGAUGUAAUUGAUCUACUUUACCUUAGUUGUAACUAUGGACAAAGUUUUGCUCAGGUAUACUGCAUACGUCAACCAUUAGGCAGGUAUAAAGAGGCCAAGGAAAAGAUAAUUAAUUCCGAAUAGAUUCUUAUAUGUUGCCGUGCGUCAGUUCAGCAAAAGAUCGCUGAUGACGUCAAAAUGUGGGAAGGACAGGAAAAUGGCACACGAGCCACAGGCAAAUGGGUCAACGACUCAUCACAGCGUACGUAAUAUUCACUUCAUUGUAUAAUGGAUUAUGCUUUCCACAUUUGUGUGUAGGAAAGGAUCUUGAAGUCAUUGCCCUUUAUGAUGCUUUAAACGCAGACAAUCUUACUUACUACGGUAACAUGAAGUUCAAAUGGAGAGGUAAACACCCAAAACAACGGAAAAUUCGAAAGAUCUUUCUGAUAUUAAAAAACAUUUUAAAACAAUUUUUUUUUCAGACUAAAUCAAUUCAGGCAUCCACCAUCCCUUCGUAAGGAGUAAGGGGAAAGGAGUGAUUGUCUCAUCUGAAUAGUGCGAUAGCUAUGAAGUUUUAUUUCUAUACUUCUGUCUGCUUUGUCCUCAUGAUCGCACUAAAAAAAGCCAUGUUCAUUUAGAUUAACAAAAUAACAUAAUAAAAUGCAAAAAAUGUAAAAAUACAACAUCUUUUUUAUCAAAUAAAAAAUUAACAAUAAACAAACAAAUUUUAAUAGUAUAAGAAAAAGCCUUCUUUAAGAACUUCCCAGUUGCUUUUCUUUGUGACGAUAACAGACUUGCUUUCAGUAGAGUUAAGGAAUUAUCUGAUAUAUGUUUUUGACCUUUCGGGUUAAGUUUAAUUCUUCUUACUUUUUUUCUCCGCUGUACACAGAUGGCAGGUCACCAAGGGAUCAUAUCGUAUACAAGGCUAAAUUAAUCCAACUGUCGCGAGGAAAUUUUAUCGUGAUAUGCGUCUUGUGCAGCUUGGGAAUUAUCCUUUGUCUCGGGUUUUUACAUUUUAAUAUUAUGAACAGAACAAAAAGGUGAGGCAAAAAAGGAAAUAGCUAGAAUUAACUAUAAACAUUUUACUUCAAUUGCAUGUGAAGCUUAAAAUGCAGAAGAUCUACUAACUGGUGACCAAGUAAAGAAGUUCCAUAUUCGAGCCACGAGAAGUUUUAACAGGAACAUUGAGGACAGUACCAACGGCAUCCUAAUUGCUUGCUGUUUUUUGUUUGUUUGUUUUCCUUUUUCUAUGCUUGUGGUGAAUUUCAGUUGAUGGUCAUCGACUUUUAAGAUAGUGAAAAUAGUAUUUGCAGUUAGUCUUAAAUAUUAAAUUCCAUGCUUUGGAAUGCGGGUUCCAGGUACUGCAAAACUAGCAUUCUGAUUUUUGGCGGGAUUCCGAGUUCCUAAAGCUGAAGUCUGAAUUCCAAAACCCGGUUUCAGGAUUUCACACACACCUGUCCAAGACAGACUGAUUCAAUGCCUGUCCUGCAGGAGUCGGUCUUAGAAAGGAGUAGUAAUCUGUAUUCGAUUUGCUUGUUAGACAUUACAUUACCGAGUCUGCAUACUAUCACUCUAACGAAGCGAGAGCACAUGAAAGUUUCAUACCAGCAUCGUAAUCUCAUGCCUUCCUUUGUUCUCGUUCCCAUUUCACUUUACACUUUUAUUUCAGGUGCGUUAAAAUGUCAAGUCCUAACAUCAAUAACGCAAUCAUUGUGGGUUGUUUUCUGGCAUAUUGUUCGGCCAUUCUCUUUGCUGUUGAUGGCGACAAACUUACCAAUCUCAUUUGCAAGGUAUCUUGCUAAUGACUAUAACUUGCUAUCGAUUAAACGAUAUACAUUGCAACACAACUAAGUCAACUAAACAAUUAGUGAAAUCAAUGUUUUUUUUUUUAGGGAAUAAGCAUGAAUCGAUGGAUCUACGGUUUCUUAUUAUUACGAGUAACAACGCUAAGGGACAGAAUAAGCCUCAUCUGAAGUUAACCAAAAAGAUAUGAAAAAAACGCAGGCUGAGGUCAUAUCAUGAAACAUCACCAGUAUAACAAGAUUGUGUGUCUUUCGCUCUUUGUGAAACGCUGGAUAUGGCCAAAAGGUUGAAGUUUACAACAUGAAAUUAAAAAUAAAUGAAAAUAAAAGUAAGCGGGCUAACAGAAAAACAAUCAUCUGUUCAUUAACAUACUUCAUCCUAUAGCAAACAGACCGUUUUCUCACGGGCGGUCUUCAGCUAUAGAAAUUUCUUGGAACAAAAUAAAGUUCUUACAGAGAGGAGAAUUCAAACCCUACAGGAUUUUCUGGGUGCAGCAAGAUGCUCACCAUUUAAUUGUUUUGAUACACAAAUAUGGCCGUCGUGACGUCAUGCCGUAAAAGUCAUAGACCAUUUUUCACUCAAUAGAUCAGCAGCUAACAAAAUUUAUUAACACAAAGUUUUCUUUUUACAUAAGAGAAAGGACUGGUCUGGAACAUCAACUUGGCGGGGUACUUAUUUUCAGUUAACCUGCUAAAUUUUGAAAAAAAAAAAACAAACAAAAAACAUGAACAAAUAUUAUAUUUUCAGGCAAGAGUCAUAACCUUGGAUAUUGGUUUUACCGUCGCAUUUGGGUCGUUGUUCUCAAAGACAUGGCGUGUUCACAGAAUUACAAGGAAAAUCAAAGUUCGAAGACGGGUAAAUAUUUGCCGCUGUUCAUUUUAAAACCUUUAUCUAAUUCAAGAAAGUUUCCUUUAAGACUGUUAUUAUAGGCACCUACUUUAGGAACUCCUAUAUGAAAGUGACGGGGAUGCUCGUCGUCCCGCUUUGGGGUGUAAAUUGCAGAUUUAGGUCUCAGUUAGGAUGUUUGGGAUGGUAAGUUACUACAUUUGCCCAUUCAGGUAUCGCAUAGUACUGUGCAUAAAGAAAUUUACAAAAAUGCACAGACCACACAGAAAUCUCCCUUAAGGGUCAGUUUUAGCUUGAGCCACACCCACAUUGGUCAAUUUCAAUUUUCCGACAAGCACGACGAGCAUCCCCCAUCACUUUUAUAUAGGAGCCCGCCCACCCACCAAGGUAUUAAUAUUUUGCGGGGCGGAGAAUACAGCCGGUGACACAUACAGUAGAAGGUUGACUUUUUCAUGCUGUCAUUUCGCGUUGCUGUGUCUGCUUUUUCGUCGUCGCUAAUCUUCAAUCCGUACGUUCUUAAACCUGCAAGGAUAACCAACGGGGUCUGUUGGUUAAUUCAGAUUAAAUUCUCCGCGCGCAAUAUUUAAUUUUUCAUAUACAGGUGAUAAAAGACAUCCAUUUGUUUGGUAUGAUCUUCGUCUUUCUGUUUGUUGAUAUCGUACUUAUAAUCGUGUGGACAAUAAUGGAUCCCUUACGGAAAGACGAGAUGUUUCUUGCAGACAAGGUACUCUUCUUUAUACAUGACAAUGUUAAUUUUUAUCUGUAUAUAAAGCUGAACAUAAAUCGAAUUGUGGGAGAAUUUUGUUGCAUAUAAUGAACUGUAUUUCACUAAAUUUUGGACAAACAAACAAAAAAACAAGGCAACAGAGAAAAAAUGCAAAGCCAAACAAUGAAGUCACGCUGCACUGUGAUCAAAACCCAGGUUCAUGGUACAUCUUAACAAGCACGACUAGAGGCCUCGCUUUGUUAGAAAACAACGAACAAUAACAAUCAAAUGAAUUUGCUCUCCAUAUAAGAGGGGCGCCUUGAAAAAAGAGGUACAAUGGAAAAAAAAAAACAAACAGGCAGAACGUGAUUUUAUGUACUAGUAAUAAAAUUAAACUACGAAAUCAAGGAAUGUGUUCCAGUGGACGUAAAUGUCGGUUGCUGAAGCUCAGAAAACCAAUUUUCUACGUGGGGAAUAAAGAGCGACAUAUAUAGCAAGAAUUUUAAUCAGACUUACUAACGACAUAAAUUUACUAUUUAAAAGCAAUUCAUUCACUUUGUAGGCAGAGGAACUCCAUGCGGAUGUAAUUUACAGACCUGUUGUUUCUCAUUGCACGACAAACAAACCGUUCGUUUGGCUUUUGGUGGUGUAUGGUUUUAAGGGCAUUCUUCUCAUAUUUGGCCUAUUUCUUGCUUGGGAAACUCGCAAAGUCAAAAUAGUCACUCUCAAUGAUUCUCACUACAUUGGCAAGUACAAGUUAUAGUGAUAGGUAUUAAUUCAUGGGGGCGCCAUGAAAACAAGAUUUAAAAAAAAAUCCAUGCCAAAAAUUAGGCUUUUAGUGGAAAUUAGUGGGGAGAUAUAAGCAGCUUUUUGCUCUGAUAACUCCAUUCGAAACUUUAAUAGGCUCGGAUCGAAACUUAUACAAUCCAGGACUAAUUAUUUUACAAGGAUUUGUAUGGAGUAGAAGACUGAUUUUUACCAAGUAAACAUUUUCCUUGUUCUUUCUGGAUAUGCCAGUCUAUCCCCUUAUUUCACAAAUUUAGUUUUUGUGUCGUCAUCACUUCUCUCUAUUAUAGUUUCAUAAAACUUGAUUGAUAAAGGUAUCCAUUAUGCACAUGUGACUUCGGCAAUUCGUAUGAUAAUCGACUACUUGAAGCCCACAUUUGAUUUCCACAAUGCUUAAAAUACGUAUUAUUUUUUAAAUAGGUAUGGCUGUGUACAAUGUCUUCAUUGUCUGUGCGAUAGGCGUUCCAGUUGCCCUAUUUGGCCACAGAAGUCAUCAGUAUGAAUUUUGCUUCUACGUCAUAACCAGCUGCAUUGUAUUUUGCACAACUUUGACCUUGUGCCUUGUCUUCGUUCCAAAGGUGUGCUUUUAACUAGAGUGCCAGUUACAUGUACUUGAGAGCCAGUUAUUUGUGCUCAAGAAAAUGCAGCUGAAUUUAAUUUUUUUCAAAAUUUCAAGCAAAGAAAACAAAAACACAAGAAAAUAAGUAUAAGUUCAGCCUUACAGGAGUGCUAUAAAUGUUCAUUUUGAUGCCUUCCAUGGAUUCCUGUUAGUGAUGCCCUUGUCAUUCAUGUAAAAUUUUCUCAAUAGCGUAAACACUCUGAAUUAAUAUUAGAGGCUGUUAAUCUUUUAUCGUUUUAUUUUAUUUCAAAUUCUGUUUUGUUUUUAUUUUUUGGCAGAUGAGAACGUUGAAGAAAAGAAACAGCGAAGAAGUAUGUGGCAGAUUCCCAACCAAUCACGUGAUACGCGGGAAUGAGGAGCUUGAUGUCCGCCUAGAGGGCCUUCCUAACAUUGAACUUCAAGAAGAGGUUAAACGGCUUAAAAGUCUGUUAGAAGAGGUAAAAACUGUGAUUAGUUCGCCUAUUGGCCAGUAA